AGCGUUUCCUCCCCUUUCCAGCAGCACCGCGAGCUCCCAUUGGUCCGCCGGCGCUCGGCCAAUGGGAGACGGCGGUGCUGGGAGGUGCCGGUGUGUGUGGAGCAGCGCGGAGCGACCGCCACCAUGCUGCGUCGCCAGGCCCGGGAGCGCCGGGAGUACCUGCAGCGCCGGGCCAGGGAGCAGCAGCAGCAGCGGCAGCGGGAGCGCAGGGAGAGCCUGCGGCGGGCGCUGGACGAGAAUCGGCUGCUGCCCACGGAGCUGCGGCACGAGGCGCUGGCCCUGCAGAAGGAGCUCGAGUUUGACUUCCAGGCACCGGGGGAGACAGAUAACAGCCAGGAUGAUGAGUACAAGUGGGCGGGGCUGGAGCCCCCCAAGGUGAUGGUGACAACUUCCCGCGACCCCAGCGCUCGCCUGAGGCUCUUUGCCAAGGAGCUGUGCCUGCUGCUGCCCGGGGCUCGCCGCAUGAACCGGGGCCGUGCCGAGCUGGGCGCGCUGGUGGCGGCGUGCCGGGCCGCCGGCGUCACCGACCUGCUGGUGCUGCACGAGACCCGCGGGCGGCCCGAUGGGCUGACCGUGUCCCACCUGCCCCACGGCCCCACUGCCCACUUCACCCUGAGCGGGGCCGUGCUGCGCCAGGAGGUCGGGGGGCUCGGGGGGGCCCCGCUGGCCGCCCCCCACCUGCUGCUGCUGCGUCUGGAUUCCACUCUGGGAAAAAGGGUCGGAACCAUCCUGAAGCACCUGUUCCCUGUUCCCCGUCCCGACAGCCGCCGCGUGGUGACCUUUGCCAACGAGGAUGACGUCAUUUUAGUGCGGAACCACAUCUACCGGCGCCGGGGGCGGACGGUGGAGCUGGAGGAGGUGGGACCCCGCUUCCAGCUGAGGCCCUACCUGAUCCGCCUGGGGACCCUGGACCAGGGGGAUGCAGCCGACGUGGAGUGGCGCUGGCACCCGUACACGGCCACGGCCCCCAAGCGCCGCCUGCUCAGCGCCACCUGAGCCCCUCAGGAUCCCCCCUGAGCACCUGGAGACCCCCCCCAGGUGGGACCCACCUGCACACCUGAGACCACCUCGGCAGCUGAGAGCCCUCUGGACUGGCCUAGGCACGGCUGGGUUUCUCACAAUCAGUUUUUAUUUGUCAUAAUAAAUCGGUUUUGUCUAUA